AUGGCCAUUUCCAACACUUCCCCAGCACCUAACAAUGGUUUGGACGCGUUUUUGGACGCGUCACGUGACGCGGAGCUCCCUGUCACACCGGGUCACGUCACCAUUGCUUCCUCAGCACCUGAUGCUGGCUCUGGCGCAUUUUUGGCCACAUCAUGUGACACUCCAGGCCAUGUCCCCAGGCAGGAGCCCAGACCUACUGUCGACUGGAAUGCCAGGCUUCUGCAGGGCUUUGAUGCAAGUUUUGCUGCCCGCCUGCAGCGAUGUUAUCGCCAGCCUGUCAACAUGCUGGCCCCACCUCCCACCUCCACAACUCCUCCAGUACCUGCUGCUUCUGAGUUGUCGGCGCCUGCUGUGACCGACUGGUCUGCUGAACUCCAUCGCCGCUGGUCCGAGAGCCACAUGACACGUCUUGAACGGAGACAAGUCAACGACCCGUAUGCUAAGGUCGCCACUCGGCGAGAGGAUCGCAAUGCCAUGGAUCAGCAACUCCAUGACCUGCAACGAUCUAAGGUAAAGUUGGCAAAGGAUAUCAUGUGGUGGGAAGAGCAACUUGAGCAUGACCGCAAGAGUGAUGAUAGGGAUGUGGAUACCUUCUGCUCUCAGUUGGAGGAGGCACUGAAAUGUCGAAAGCGUCGCAAGGUGGUGGAUGCUUGGUGA